CGUACGGCGUACACCGAUAGAUAGUUCCAAGAUCCUGUUAUCAUAUUAUAGUGGACCCCAGACAUAGGUAUAGGUACGCUGUUCGUAUACGAUUUUUUGACCUGUACGUUGAACUUGAUUACCAGUUCACCAUCGAGACGGUUAACGAACUGAAGUGUGUCAUUUUUAGUUGUGAUAGUUUUCGAGAAGAAAAAAAAUAAUAAUAAAGAUCUUUUUUUUAAUUACUGUUACGUUUUUCGUCGUUUACUGCUGUACCUGGAAGAAUCGCCAACAUGAAUCGUAUCGGCGUUAUUUGUUCGAUAGCAUUCUGCGUGCUUUUUAAUUUACAAAUCAGUUCAAGCUCGACUAUCGUUUCACGUUCAGACUCCGGAGAGUUGGAUUUUUUACAAAAAUCAGGAGUCGAUAUCACGAAAAUAAUUCUAAAGAAACUAGAAAACAAUGAAACUAAUUACAUUUUCUCGCCAUUCGGGUACACGGUGAUCCUGGGUCUGUUGUCCGAGGGUGCUGAAAACACCACGAAACAAGAACUGACUAAAAUUCUACACUACCCAGAUGACGUGAAUUUAGUUAGGCAGACGUACAAACAAACCUUAGAACGAUUCCAGGACAAAGCAUCGUCAAAUCCAGAAUUCAAAAAUUACUUCUACGUGUACAGAAAUUUCAGCGUGCAAGACUCGUAUAAAAAAAUCCUACUGGAAAAUUACUUCACCGAAGUCAAGUCGGUUGAGAGACCUUCGUACGAUGAAGACGAAAUAUCGACCGAUGAACCAACUACAAAUGCCUUCGAACCGGAACCGAGCAGCACGACGAGCUCUCCUCAGCCUGAAAAGAAGACCAGACGGGAACGAAUCAAAAGGCUCGUUAAACGUUUCUUGGGCAUCGAUUUGGAAAACAGUUCCAAGAGCGAAGUAUCUGGAUUAUCGGCCAAUCGUCUUUAUACCGGAAAUGUAACUCAACAUUUAUCCAGGAUGAUUGUCUUCAACGGGUUAUACUUCAAAGGUGUAUGGAAAACUCCAUUCCAGUACAAACAAGGAAACGAUUCGUUCUACCUACAGAAUGGUGAAAAAAUCGCCACCAAGAUGAUGUUCACUGUAGGCAAAUUCAAUGUCGGUCAAUUGCCCGAAUUAAACAGCAGCGUUUUCUUCAUACCGUAUAAGGGAGAACGUUACUCCUUCGUAUUGAUCGUACCAAAUGAAAAAGACGGAUUACCAAAAGUACUUCAGAAUUUCGACAAUGUGAAUCUAUCCGAGAUCUCGUCUAAGCUAGAACAAAGACACGUACAAAUCUCGAUGCCGUCGUUCGAAUUCAAAACCAUAAGCUAUUUGAAGAAGUCCCUGAACGAGCUCGGAGCUUACAAAAUUUUCACGUCCGACGCCAAUUUCAACUCAAUUAGCAAAGAUUCUGGCUUAUUUGUUGACGACAUCGUGCAACUGGUCACUAUAAAUAUCGACAAUGACGCAGCAACGCCGAACUUCUUAACCGCGUCAUCCGUUCAAACGCGAACUGUCACUGAGAAAUUCACCAUCGAUCGUCCGUUCUUGUUUUUCGUGCAGGACCACAAAGAUAAUAUUACCAUCGCUUCUGGAAUACUCGGCGAUCCGACAACUGAUCGGGAAUAAAUUAUGCACGAGUCGAAUAGUGUUGUGUAAAUAUUAAGAAAUUAUCACAUAGUAAAUUAUUUUCAGCGUAAUCCAAAUAAAGGUACGCUUCGCUUUU